GUUUUCCAACAACAUCAAUAAAUGUAAUAAAUAAUCGCUUAAACCUUGUUGAAUAUUUUUGCAAUAAUACACAUAUUACGAGUGAUAUUCGUCAAACUCUGGAAAAUUGUGAUGAUAUACAGAGGACAUCACAAAAAAUCUCUUUUGCUUAUUGUAAUCCUGAUGAUUUUUUAAAACUAAAACGUACAUUUGAAUCAAUGCUUAUUAUAAAAAAUCGGUUGCAAUCAGAGCUUCAUAUUGCUCCUGAUGCUAGUAUGAAAAUGCUUGUGGAACGUGUACAACCACAAAAAGAUCUUAUAAACACUAUAUCUGAAGCCAUUGAUGAAGAUAUGUUAAAUAAAAUGAAAGAGACUCAACAAUACAAUUCUGAUGGAAGUAUCAUUCCUGAGAUUGUUAUUGACUCUGAAAAUGCCGAAAAAAUUGAUUUUAGUGCCAAUGAUGAAGAAGAACCGGCAACGAAAAAAAAAAAUUCUAACAAGCGAAAAAAAAAUGGUCAAAAUUUUGAAGGUUCCACCUUUGAGGAAGAUUUCGCGUCAAUAGUAAAAAAUGAUAAUUGGGUCAUCAAAAAAAAUUUAUUGAAAUUGCAUGGACAACUUGAAAUAAAAUAUCGAGAUAUGAUUGAACUUAGAAAUCGCUGGAAAGAUAAAUUAAAUGGUUCUGUAGAACUUCGAUCACAUCCAAGCUAUGGAUUCAUCGUCGCCGUCAAGAAAGUUCGAAAUAAUAAUGAUAUUGAACGCAUACUAAACGCGACUCGUAUUCAUCACUUUAAGCAUAGGAAGUGGUUCAUUAUCCAGAAAUGGACACAACUUGGUGGACAAAUCGAUGAUAUAAAGUCAAAGAUAAGGGAAGAGGAAAAGAAAGCUUUUCAAUUAAUUCAAAAAAAGAUAGUAGAAGAAUGGCAUUUGACUGUACAAAAUUCGCGAGUUGUCGAUGAAUUGGACAUAGCAAGUUCAUUUGCUGUAUUAGCUCGAGAACAGAAUUUUGUGCGGCCUAUUUUGAAUUAUAGUCAUUCACAUAAAAUUGUGGGUGGCCGACAUCCUGUAGUGGAAGCAGGACUUCAAUCAAAAGGACGUCAGUUUGUGAAGAAUGAUUGCUCUGUUGGCGAUAAUAAACGAUUGUUUAUAUUAACUGGACCGAAUAUGGGUGGAAAGAGUACAUACCUGCGUCAAAACGCCAUUAUUUCAAUUUUAGCGCAAAUAGGAUCAUUCGUUCCAGCUGAUUAUGCGGAAAUUGGCAUAGUUGAUCAAAUAUUAAGUAGAGUUGGUGCUUCUGAUAAUUUAUAUCAAGAUCAAUCUACAUUCAUGGUUGAAAUGAUUGAAACGGCUCAUAUUCUAAGAAAUGCAACACCAAAAUCUUUUGUACGUGUCAUUAUGGAUGAAAUUGGUCGUGGAACAGCUACUUUAGAUGGAAUUGCAAUUUCGUUUGCAACUUUAUACCAAUUGCACUAUAUAAACCGCUGCAGAACAUUGUUUGCUACUCAUUUUCAUGAACUACCAAAUCUAAUGGUAAAUUUUGAGAAUGCUGCAUGCUAUUGUACAAAUAUUCAAGAAAAUGAGGAUGGAAGUUUUUAUUACCUUCAUCAAAUAAAAGAAGGCGUAAACCGGAAUUCGGCAGCUUUGAAGGCUGCACAGCUUGCAGGAGUUCCACCUUCAGUGUUAAUAGUUGCAAAAAAUACUUUAAAAUAUUUACAAGAACAUUCAAAACCUAUUAAUUUAGAUUCAUAUUUUCAAUCCGAAAUUGAAAAGUCUAUUUAUAAUGACUUACCAAAAAUUUAA